AUGCAGCCCCCCACAGUGGCGCACUUUGAGUUCCCUGCGGAGUAUUCCCGCUACAACGGUGGAGGCUACAAUGGGAACAGCUCCAGCACCACUAAGACCCAACCUCGCAGAGCAGAGGCCGCUUACCCCCAGCAGAGAUCCCCGGGUCACCAGCAAGCUAACGGGAGGGUGCCCCACGCGCAAACCAACGGCCGCGCGGCACAGCCGCAUCACAGCAGCCAGCGCAGCAACGGAGGUGGAGCGGCCCAGCAGAGGACCACCUCCUCCAACCCACAGCCUCGAGCUGCUGCCCCCAGAGCAGUGGCGCAGCCGAGGCAGCCGCUGCCUCAACAGGCUGCAGCUGCAGGCGUUAACGGCGCUGCACAUGCACCGCCCGUCGCUAGCACUCUCCCCGCCUCUCCCAGGCAAGCAGCUGCGGUUCCAGUUCAGGCGCAGCUGACCCUGGAAAGUAGUGCGAGACCGGCCGCUGCCAAGGCAGAGCCUGAGCAGGAGGGCCUUAAGCUGUCAAAGUCUCAGCUGAUGCGAUUGCGGAAGAAGAAAAGGGAGGGCAAAGUCUGA